GUUAGCAAUGUACUUGUUCUUGGUGAAGGCCGUCGGCCCGCGGCCGUUCAAGUCCGCGCUCGACGGCCUGGGCAUGCCCCGCGGCGCCGUCCUCGCAGCGACGGUGGUUGAGGGCGGCGAUCCGUGCGCGCUGGCCGUCGUCACCGGGGCUUUGAAGCGCGCGGGCCGGGCGCGCGCGCCGACUCUCUGCGACCAGGGGAACGCCGUCAAGCGGCUGGCCGACAACGCCCGGGACAGCCGCGCCCACGAGACAGCGCAGCUGAACGCGCCCAAGGGGCCCAGCGCCAGCGCUGGAGGCACCGAGAGGGCGAACUGCGAUGUCGAGAUUCAGUGCAGGACGCUCCAGUCGCGCUUCGAGGAGUGCUGCGACCUGACGGUGGACUUGGGGCGCGAGAUCCUGCCGUUGAUGGUCGGGCGCGCAGCCCGGCCUCUGAUCCGAUUCCAGGUUUCGGAGUUCGGCGAGUCCGUCUACUGCUGGGGCCCGCAAAAGGCGUCCGACGUGCCCGAACUUGACGACGCGCGGGCGCUGGUCGCUGGCUCGGCGAGAGUUUGGCCUCCGACGGGCGCUGCGUCGGCACUCCCGCCAGGGCGCGCCGACGCCGGUCCGCCUGGAGGCGCCUGGGGAGUGCGCGCUGGGACCAGGGGGUCUUGGAUUCCAUUGUCGGCGAGCCCAGGCGCCCCAAGGGCGCCGGUGAUGCGCCGAAGGCGGCUGCUCCGAUGGGGCGUCUACGUCGCGCUGGACAGGCAGAUGCAGCGCGGCGGCGCUCCAGGAUGCCCGGCGCGCUUCGGGCGCGCUGAGGUGCGCUCGCCUCAGACCUGGGCGCGCUUCCAGGAGAUCAUGGGCAGUGUCUUAAGCCAAGGCGGAGGCCGCGGCGGCCGGAGGCUGCGGCCGCGGGCGGCGCCGCGCAGGUGGCGCCGCAAACCGGAGCAGGGGCUGCAAGCGGUUCGUCGGCAGACGCUGCAGGGUCGGCGUCGGCGUCGGCGGGGGCGGGCCCGCGCGGGUCGCUGGCGGCGUGCCGGCAAGGAGCUCCGGGAGGCCCGGAAAAAGCUGGGGGUCUUGGCCGGCGUGCCGACCCUCCGCGCGGAGCACCUUGCGUGCCCCAAUUUGGACGUGCCCCCCGGAUUUCUCGCCGCAGCCGAGAUGCGCGACGCGGAGCGGGCGUGGCAAAUCGUCGACUGGGGGCGCGCGCUCUACGGGGUCAAGGGCGGUGGGGCGCUUGGCGAGCAGAAGGUUUACGAGCGGCGCGUCCGCGAGCUCGCGAACGUGGAGGGCGAGAUGGCGGUGAGGCGCAGGCUCGUGGCGACGCGGGUGAGCGCCGACAACCGGGAGGGCGCGACUCUGGCCGCGCCGCCGAUCGCGGCGCCCAGGGCGACGUCCGAGCCGCUUCCCCGCGCCGCUGGGUCGGAGAAGGUGGUGAUCAUCCCGCCUCGUGGCCUGGCGCCUCCCAGCGUGGGCUGGCGAGCUCCGAAGGCCAUGCGCGGGGCUCGCGAGGCCAUCGGGCAGGUCGUAAUGGUACCCGCGAUGUUCGUCUCUGACAGCUUCGGGUGCGUGGCGUACUGCCGCGGCGACGACUUCUUGGCGGCGCGCGCGGCUGCCGCCCUCGAUGAGGUCGACCGGGUCUUGACGAAGCACUUCGAUGCAAAGAUUUUGCCUCGGAUCGGGCCGCCUGCGCGCGGCGGCGAGGUAGCCGGGGGGCGGCGUCUAGGGGGGGCGAUCCGCUGGGCACGCGGAGGUUUCCAGCGGGAGGCGAUUCCGAAGCGCGGGGGGGAUCUUGGCCCUGGCAGGCCUCAACAAGGACUCGAGAGGCGCGCCGACGCCAUCUUCCAAAUCGACCGCGGCUGGCAGGCGCGACAGGGGCGACGAGACCUGGAGGGCGGGGCCGCGACGGCCUUCCAGCAGGGCGCCAGCGCCGCGCUGCGCCCGUCCAUUGACCGACUGACCAUGCAGUUCGCUGCGUCGCAGGUGAUGGCCUGGAUGAGCAUGCCGAAGAUGUUGCGCGGCCUCCAGCUGCAGCGCGUGACGCGCUUCGUGCUCAAGUACCCGACGGAGGUGUGGCUCUUCAGGUACCAGAAGGAGCCUGGUUGUCCGUGCGUGUGCGCGGACACGGACUGGGCAACCGACGAGCUGACAAGGAAGCCAAAUUCGUGCACGGUGGCGCGGUACGGGGGCCCUGUGCUGGAUUGCAGCGUGGCCGAGCAGGCGACGAUCGCGCUGUCCAGCGGCGAGGCCGAGUUCUACGGCAUCGCGCUCGCGGUGGCGAUCGGGACGCAGACGAGCCUGAUGGUGUGCCAGAUGGGCCGUGCGAGCGAUUUGACCGUGGCAUCAGAUAGCUCGGCUGUGCGAGGCAUGCGCGGGACGGGGUCCGGCAAGGUCCAGCAGUUGGCGAUCAAGGAGCUGCGGGUGCAGGAGGUGUGUGCCAACCUGGCCAUGGUGGCCGUGGGGGGGAUCGCGCAGUCAGUCCGGCUUACGGUCGCGGGUAGCACCGCACCGUAUCUGGAAGACAAUGACCGUGAUGCGACGGUCACGGGUAGCACAGCGCGGGAUUUUGACACUAACGAGUUUGCCGAGGUGGCUGCUUGUAGCACCGCGCCAGCGCAUGCGAUCCAGCAGGGCGCGAGCAGCACCACCCCUGAUCGAGAGGCUGACGCCUACGAGUGCCCUGGGGUGACCUUGCGGGCCGCGGGAAUGAAGCUGAGUGACUGGUGA